AUCAUUUUUAGUACGGAAAUGUAUGUUUUUAGUUAUUUAUUUUCAUGUUAUUUCAACCGUAAAACGAUAUUUUGAAUUUCUCAGACUUUGGCGCGAAAAUUCAAACAAGUCACUUUUGUUUUUCUCACGUGUGAGCUGGGAUUGGUUCAAAUUUAGUUGAAAUUCUACCUUCACCGCAUCUGGAAAAGCGCACGGCGCUCAACAGUAUUUCGUAUAAAUAUUUGUAAAAUUGUGAACAUGAGUAGUAUUUUAAAAUUGCAGUCGGUCCUAGCGAAAAAUUUAAUUAAUAAUGUAGUCAAGGUUAAUACCGUACCUCAGUCGCUAACGCGAGCCCUGCACAUUCAAGUGGAUAGAAAGAAUGCUAAAGUGUCCGAUAGUGCCUCUAAAGUCUACCCGAUAAUCGACCACACGUACGAUGCAGUUGUCGUGGGGGCAGGGGGCGCAGGAUUGCGUGCAGCCUUCGGCUAUCAUUCAUUCGAUUUGUAA